GAAAAGAAAAGAGAAAAGAGACAUCAUCAUCAUCAUCACGUGGAGACUGAAGAUUACGGAAGGUGACAAGAAUAGCCCUUAUUUGUAUAGCACCAACAAUUUUGUGGGGAGGCAAAUCUGGGAAUUUGAUCCGAAUGCUGGAAGUCCUGAGGAAUUGGAGGAAGUCGAAAAUGCCCGUCUCCGGUUCUGGAACAACCGCCACCAUGUUAAGCCCAACAGCGACCUCCUUUAGCGCAUGCAGUUUCUAAGAGAGAAGAAAUUCAAGCAGGCAAUAGCCCAGGUGAAGGUUGAAGAUGGCCAAGAAAUCACUCAUGAAAUUGUCAUUGUUACAUUACGCAGGGUAGUUCAUUUCUUCUCUGCCUUGCAGGCUAGUGACGGCCAUUGGCCUCCAGAAAACGCCGGCCCUUUGUCCUUCCUUCCACCUCUGGUCAUGUGUUUGUACAUAACAGAGCAUCUGAACACAGUGAUCUCAGCAGAGCAUAAAAUUGAGAUUCUCCGCUACAUUUACUGUCAUCAGGACCCGAUGGCGGUCAGAAUCAUUCAUGUUCCAGAGCUCGGAAAUGGAUUCUUGACCAUGGUAGUGUCACCAGCAAUACCCUCUUGGGAAAAGACUUGGCUGUCGAUUAUUGGAUUAUAUGAUUGGUCCGGAACCAAUCCAAUGCCCCCUGAAUUCUGGAUUCUACUUUCCUUUCUUCCUGUGCAUCCAGGAGGACCUAUACUACCCUCAUCCUUGGAUACAAGAUUUCUUGUGGGAUAG